AAAAAAAGAAUCUGGAGAUGGGGAGGUUAUCCUGGGCCAUCAGGAGGGGCCAAUUUGAUGACAAGGGUCCCGUUAGAUCAAGGCAGGGGGUCAGUCAGUACGAGAUGUGAUGGUAGGUGCAAGAGUGAUACAGGGAAGGGGCAAUGAGCCAAGGGCUGUGGUGGUGGCGGCUUCUGGAAGCGGAGGGAAGCCCGCGUCCCACUUUUUGCCAUGGCAGGGCCUGUGCUGACAGUGAUGGUACCUGUGGGCAGGUCAGGGGUCAGCAGAACUGGCUGCUCAGUUGGCCGGUAGCCUGGACACUGAGGUACCACAGCUGAGGGAUCGGGGCUCCUCGGACACACUAACUGGGAAGCCCUGGGGUGGCCCAAGUGCAGAAGACAAGGUCCAAGCUGGAGCAAGCCAGAGACUAGAGAGGAAGGAAGCAUGGAGGCUGAGGAGGAGGGGGUGGGGAAGGACCCAGGAGAGAGCCAGGGCAGGACAGGCGAGGCCAGCCACCCACAGGCACCCAGCCCCCAUGAGGGGUUAGGCCUGAGGAGGGGUCAAGGGGGUGGAGGUUUUGCCUCUGCCAGAGGGGCCGUGGCUGGACUCUUGUGAGCAGAGUUGAAGUUAGACUUUAGAAGGAAGAAAAUCCUGGAGAGGCUGUCAGUUCUCACCGGAGAGCGGACUUUGAAAUGCUGACCCAGGCACCUCCUCAUGCCCUUUGCUCCCCCCUCGCCUCACCGGCUCCUCAGAGGACUGGGUCAUUCUGGACCUUGUCACUUUCUGCUCCUGGCUGCCACUGCUCAGGGACUAUGGAGCUGUGGAGGCAACUGAGGCAGGCGGGACUGGUGCCCCCGGGGCUGGGCCCCCCUCCCCGGGCCCUGAGGGAGGUCCCCCCAGUGGGGAGAGCUGGCCAGACCCUCCUGUCCCCAGGGGCAGACACUGCAGGUGCCAGGGAGAGUCUGCUGUGGAUCUGGAAGGAGCUGGGGCACCUUCGCCAAGUGGACAUCCAGCUGCUGGGCCAGCUGUGCAGUCUGGGGCUGGAGAUGGGGGCGCUGCGGGAGGAACUGGUCACCUUCCUGGAAGAGGAGGAAGAGAGCCUCAUCGAGGAAGAGGUGGAGGAAGAGCCUGAGGGGAAGCAGGAGGAGGGACACCUGGGGGCCUCCUGCUCAGCCCCACACCACCACCUCCCUGACUUCGAGAUGACCAUCUGAGGCCCUGCUAGGUGCUUCUGAUUGACACAUGAAUGAGAUGCAAAUUUAUGCAAAGGAGGGGGCGUUUGCAGUCAGAUCAACCUGCCAAGGUUGGGAAUCAACCUGAGCAAAUGCAUUCUCUGAAGAUAUCUGUCUGCAUCCAGACUGAGGGGCUGGCCGGUGGGGCUUGCUGCCCAGGAGGGAGGUUUGCAGGUUUAUUUGCCAAUGAACUGCAUGCAAGAGGGUUGCAGGGGACACGUGGGUCUUUGCAGAGAGGAUGGGAGAUGCUUGCUGAUGAUCAAGGCCGUCCAGUACGGUGGCCAGGGCCCGCAAGUGGCCACUGAACCGUGGCUGGUCCGAACUGCGGCGUGCAGGAUGCGUAACCACAGAUCGCAUUUCAAAGGCUUAGUAUGAUAACAAUAUAAAACGGUUCAAUAAUCUAAAAAAUGUAUUGGAAUGCUAAUAUUUUCCACAUAAUGGGAUAAAUAAAAAUAUUACUAAAGUGAAUUUCACCUGGGUAUUUUAAAAUUUUUUAAUGUGGUAAAAUAUAUAUAAUAAAAUUUACCAUU